CGGCUCGUGCUCACAACGACAUCGCUGCGGAACGUGGUGCUCGCGAACUCGACGGACGUGCUCUACUACGAGGUCGUCACGCCACGUUGGGAGCGGCACUUAACGCGUGUCUCUCGCCUCGACGUGAACACGCGCGGCUUCGACCCCGUCGCCGAGCUCCUGAACGGGCGCCCACGAGUCGUCGCGCUGCGCUUCUAUGGAACGGGAGAGCUCCGGCCAGUGGACGACUUUCUGCACAUGGAGGUGGAGGGCGAGCGGAAGGACCCGGAUGAGCUACGGGCGUGGUUCCGGAGCAAGGACGGACACAAGUACACAUGGCGCGCAAACAAGGCACGGCUGGAGUUGACGCGGGACGACGACCCGGAGAAGGCACUCGUGUCGUUCCACAGGGAGCGGCGGUAUCUCCACGUCCUGCGCAUGUCACAGCACCCGUAUCUGGAGGUGCAUCCGGCGGCGCUGGAGAGCCUGGACUACAUCAUCGUGUCGUUCCUGUUGAUCGAGAGGCUCCGCCGAGAGUUUGGCUUAACUUGAUACCCAAAGCAACCGCAGGCCGCAGGCUGCUCGCUCAAAUUGUCAAUAGAACACGAACAUAUACCCGAUCA